GUUUGCAUAGAAGGCCGCAUUUGAAUAUAUGCCUUUGGAAUAGUGUUGAUUGACCUUUUUUCCCAAUGUUUUGCAUGUAGAGGAUAAUUAUGACAACAGGGAAGAACUGUCUGUAGAAACAAUAUGGAUAAAACCGAGAACAAAACUACAUCACCUAUAUGUUUUUUGUACUAAGAGGAUAAUAUGACAAACUUAUAAAUCAGGGUGAAAUAUCAUUAGGAUUUCUGGGGAAUCUAUAUCUACCUUGGUGUCUCACAGCACCUGAAGAGAAUCCUUUUGUCUUAAUGAUUAACAGAAAUUAUUUUUGUCUUUCACUCAUCAGUCAAGCAUCCCACUGACAGGAGUUUGUAAGUCCAAACUUUUGCAUAGUCUUUACGAUCUCACUUGGCUGAAAAAAAUGUUGCUUAUCAUCCAAUUUCCUCACCACCCUUUACUUCUACUGAUCACAUUCAAAACACAACAGAAUCAUUAAUUUCACUGCAAAAAAAGAUGCUUAUUAGAGAUCAUAGAAGAGAAUGCUAUUCUGUUGUUGAAAAGACAUUUGGACAGCGCCCAAGAUUGGAGGAUGACUUUAUUGUGAUAAAUUUUUUCGCACUGGAAGGGUGGAGUCUAGCUGAACUGUUUCGAGUUCGUUGCAUAGUAGCUGCUCCAUAUGUUGUUCCAUACAGUGCACCAUCAUCAUAUGAGCGCCACUUCAGAAAAGAACACCCACUUCUGUAUAAAUAUCUACAGGAAGCUCCCAGGCACAAGGUUUGUUGGGAAGACGUGAUUCAUUGGAUGUGGCCUUUGUUCACUGAAUACUGGGAAUCUUGGAGGCGUGAUUUGAAUCUGAGUUCUUGCCCUUUUACAGAUCCAGUAACAGGUCUACCUGAAUGGCAUAAUAGGCCUUCAUCUCCUUUGCUGUUGUACGGAUUUAGCAAAGAAGUUGUUGAAUGCCCCGAGUACUGGCCAUCAGCUGUUCGGGUUUGUGGCUUCUGGUUUCUCCCUGUGGAAUGGCAGUUUUCAUGUAAGAACUGUGGAGAAAUUUCAGAACUAGUUGCUGCAGGGCAUUUAAAUAAGAAGGAUGAACUUUGUUCAGAUCAUGUGUACUUGCAAUCAUUUUUGAAGACCCGAAUUGCAGAGCCACUUGUGUUUGUUGGGCUGAGUUCUGUUGGUAGCAUGGGAUUCUUAAAAGAUCCUCUAGCAUUUCUUCAUGUUCUUCGAACUGUUCUAGAUAUCACAAAUUACAGGAUUAUACUUUUCACAGCUGACUACAAACCUUUAGAAGCGGCAAUACAAGUGGCCGAUGCCAAAGCAUCAUUGGAAAUUAGUCAUAUACAAUUAAGUAAAGAUUGUUUCUCUCUGUAUAACAGCCGACUCUUCUGUUUUUCAGGUACGAUAUCAUAUAACUGGCUCUUUACUCAAUGUGCGGCAGCUGUUCAUCAUGGGGGAAGUGGAAGUACUGCAGCUGCACUUCAGGCUGGAAUUCCACAGGUACUGUGUCCAUUUAUGCACGAUCAAUUCUAUUGGGCUGAGAGAAUGUAUUGGCUUGGAGUUGCACCAGAACCAUUGAAAAGGAACCACUUAUUCCCUGAAACUAAUGAUGAGGUGAGUGUCCAAGCAGCUGCAAAUGUGCUAUCAAGGGCCAUAAAUGAUGCGUUAUCUCCUGAUGUCAGAGCACGUGCUGAAGAAAUAUCUGGAAAAAUUUCUCUUGAGAAUUUGUAUGCAUUCCAUCCGAAUAAGAUUGGAUAUCCAAUCCUCUCGGAUUGGAUUGAAUCUUCCGUUAUCCAAUCAAAUCAGUACACCCCUGUAUUUGUUUCUUUUGUACCCAUCAGUCUCUAAUCGAUUGCAAAUUCAACCCAGAUGGGGUAUUGGAGGCUGUCAAGUGCCUAAAGAACGAGCUACAGUCCCUAAAGAACGAACUGUUAUACAAGAAUCCUGUUACAAUAUAGUUGGAAGUGUAUUAGAAUUUUGGAUAUUUGCAGUGGUGACCUUUCUCCUUGUAAAUCUGAAGAAAAUUCAAAUUAUGUAUGCAUGAAUUCUAAUAACAGGCAUAUCUAUAUAAUUUUCAAAUCAAUUAGAUCAUGA